GGGAAGUCGGAGGGGGAAAGUCAGCUGGAAUCCGCGGAAAUCAUCAACAGGACUAUUUUCCUUUACUUAGCUGGCUAUCCAUCUGUCAACAUCUAUUCCUCUCCUGCGUAUUUAUUGCUGCCAAAGCGCCACACUGGCGAUGUCGGAGUCGUACGAUUUCCUGUUUAAAUUCCUGGUGAUCGGGAACGCUGGAACAGGCAAAUCAUGCCUGCUGCACCAGUUCAUAGAGAAGAGAUUUAAGGAUGAAUCCAAUCACACGAUCGGAGUGGAGUUUGGCUCUAAGAUUAUCAAUGUGGUCAACAAGAUGGUCAAACUGCAGAUUUGGGACACUGCAGGACAAGAAAGGUUUAGGUCUGUGACCAGGAGUUACUACAGAGGAGCAGCAGGAGCCCUGCUAGUCUAUGAUAUCACUAGUCGAGAGACAUACAACGCUCUGACCACAUGGUUGAGCGACGCUAGGAUGCUGGCCAGUCAGAACAUCGUCAUCAUCCUGUGUGGAAACAAAAAGGACCUGGAUGCUGACAGAGAGGUCACAUUCCUGGAGGCUUCACGCUUUGCUCAGGAGAACGAGCUGAUGUUCCUGGAGACCAGCGCUCUGACAGGGGAGAACGUUGAAGAGGCCUUUGUCCAGUGUGCUCGGAAAAUCCUCAACAAGAUAGAGUCAGGCGAGCUGGAUCCAGAGAGGAUGGGUUCAGGUAUCCAGUAUGGCGAUGCUGCGUUACGACAGCUACGCUCCCCUCGUCGUGCUCAGCCACAGGGCACCCAGGAGUGUGGCUGCUAGUGGAUGUGUCCAGUAACAUACGCAGACAAGUGUGUUUCAGCCAGGUUUGUUGAGACCAGGAGAAGAAUAGCCACGUGGGAGAGGGGGACGGUUCAGGUUGAUACGACGGUGGUGACUCCUCUCUGAUCUUCGACCUUCGCACGGACUCUUCAGAACCUCUGGAAACCCUUUUGAACCUUCGUUUUCAUGGCUGCCGAAAAAGACUUCCCAGUCACACCCCACCUUCACACAGAACUCUGAGCAUCUCCACGGUAACCAGAGAUCGCCUGCCCCACCUCUCCAACAUCGUCUGUCUAUUGGACCAAACCCUCCCCAGACCUCCAACCAGGAUAUAACUUCUCUCUUAAUGCAUCACACCUGCUUCAUUUAGUUUGUUGUCUUGCUAAUCAACAUUCACGUCUAACUUCCUUGAAGAAAUAGUCCAGUCAGUAGGGAAAUUUGCUUUCUUGCCUCUUGUGUUCAAACUCAACAAAUGCGAUAAAACAGGUGUUGAUAGGUUUUUAAUUUUAGAGCGAGCCCCUUUUUACAGUCUUAAUGCUAAGCUAAGCGAAUCGCCUUCUGGCCCCAACUUAAAAGUAUCAGAUUUUUCAUCUAACUCUCGACAAGUACACAAUUAUCCCAAUUGUUGAAGUAUACCUUUACUCCAGUACUUUCUCUAUCCACCUGCCCUGUUUUAAACACACCACUAACAGUCUACCCAUACAUGUUGCACUCCCUGUAUGCCUACUCCUCUCCCAUCAUCGGCUCCUGACCUUCCUUACCCGCCCAUCUCUGCCUUUCUAAAUCUCUUCCGAGCCCUCCCAUAGCUUCUUACACACUGUACAGUGUUUCUGUAUAUAGAGACUGACGCAUGUUUUCUCAAACAGAAUAUCAGAGUAUUUCAUUAUGAAGAGAUAUUAUAUGUAUAUUGAAGUAGAAAUUAUAUCCAGCAUCUGUUUCAUGCUCCACUGUAUUAUUAUUAUCAUGUUAAGCUACUAUACACUGGUGACUUGUAAGCAGUAUAAAUGGGCAGUACUGUUUGCAGGAAUUUAUUUGUAAAUGAGACAAGCUGAUGUGGAUUACAUCAUGGACUAACACGUUAUUUUAUCAUUGUUCCAGCUCAUAGAUUGAAAAAAAGAAACAGGCAGCCUCAGAUGUCGUGAGCGUACAUUUGGAGUGUGAAAGUUACAUAUCAUCUUUAUUCAUUUGCAGUUCACUGACUUGUCUGACAGUGUAUCCAAAGGAUCCCAAUUAUGACUGAUGUCACUCAUUUAUAAACGUUGCCUGUUUACAUGAGUACCCCGCUGCUGUCAGCUGUGGGGUAAUACUAACUGAAUGCAUUUCAAGUCUUAGCAAUGGUAUGAACUUAUCUGAUGUGUGUCUGGUUUGUAUUUGUUUCCAAAGAUACUUUAAAUCUCCUCUUUUACAGUUCGUGAAGCUGUCGACAUGAAAACACUUACAUUUGUUUGAAGGUUUAAAUUACAUUGGUGUAUUUAAACAUUACAACAUGUUUGUUUUUUAAUUUCAUUUUAUUUUUUUUACAUUUUUCCCCUCUCUGAAUUGAUUCAUUAAACUUUUAAAUCAAGCACACUUCAAACUGUAGAAAUAUUUGACAUUAGAUUUGAUCUGAUUGUGGCUUCGACUGCUCCACGUCAGUUUGCCCUGUCUUGUGUUUAAGUCCUUUGUUUAUUUUUAUGUAUGUCAGUUUUUCUCUUGUCAUUAUGAAUAUCAUGGAUUUUUAAUUUAUUGUGUAUGAUAAAGCAUAUGUUUUUAAAAUAAAAACUACUGCAAAUA